GGCGGUGAUGCAGGCCCCUCCCUGUGGCGGGCCGCCGGCCGCCUCGCCGCCGCCUCAGUCGAGUCGACAGCGCUCCAAGCCGCACCGGUCCGCUCUAGCCGCGGACGCGUAAAUAGCGCGCGUAAAAAGUUUCUUCUCGCACUUCGUAACUUACGAACAGUCCCACUACAUUCCUAAACGCAUCGUAAACAAUUAAUAUCAAAGCCUAUGCUUGUAUUAUGUCAAACUGUUCACGUUUUGUGUUACGAUUUUAAAACGAAGAAAGUGUUUUAGAAGAGAGAUUUAACUAUUUGCUUAAUACGAUAAAACUCAUUUCGUGUACUUGUUUGAAGACUUUUUGUUUUAUUCGAGAUAAAAAAAAAAAAAACUAAAGUGUAAUUGAGACAUUUCAGUUUAAAAAGGUUUAUUUAUUUAUUUGUAAAGUUGGAACGAUUAUGGUCCACUCCACCGAUGGGAUGUUCGGAAGGUGACAAGUUGUGGACUCCGAACGGCGGACUGGGCUCAGAGGGGACUAACUUGAUGCUGCUACAAGGCGAGGGUCGAGAUCGGCAGGGGCACGCCAUGGAGGAAGACUGCUCCGCGCGCCCCUGUGCUACAGACUUCUCCAUCGCAGCCAUAAUGGCAAGAGAUAGACAAGAGCGAAGAGAGAGGCGGAGACAUAGAGAUCCCCGAGAAGAUACUCUUACUCCACUAGAGAAAUUCGUAGACGCGACAGCGUCUGCUUCAGGAUCGCCGUCACCGCCUCUGGUUGAAUUCGAGAGAGACUCUCCGGUGGACGUUUCCUCAACUUCCGAGGCCGGGUCUGCCAGUGGUACCGCUGGCGGAUCGAGAGCCGUCUCACCCCCUCCUCGUAAUCCGCAGCUGGUUGAGCGAUGGUCCAGCGAGGAGAUGCGCCACAUACAAUGCCACCUCGAAACUAAGGAACUUUGGGACAAAUUCAACGAACUCGGAACUGAAAUGAUAAUCACGAAGACUGGAAGGCGAAUGUUUCCGACGGUGCGCGUGUCGUUCGCUGGCUGCCGGGCGGAAGCGCGGUACGGCGUGCUGCUGGACGUGGUGCCGGUGGACGGCAAGCGCUACCGGUACGCGUACCACCGCUCCUCGUGGCUCGUCGCCGGCAAGGCGGACCCGCCAGCACCCGCGCGGCUCUAUCCGCAUCCCGACUCGCCCUUCUCCGGCGACCAGCUCCGCAAGCAGGUCGUCUCUUUCGAGAAGGUCAAACUCACCAACAACGAAAUGGACAAAAACGGACAGCUAGUACUAAAUUCGAUGCACAAAUAUCAGCCUCGGAUUCACUUGGUGCUCCGACGAGAGGGCGCCGUCAACGCGCCCAUCACCGAUCUCGAACAAGAAGAAUUCAAGACCUUCAUAUUUCCCGAAUGCGUCUUCACGGCUGUCACAGCGUACCAGAACCAGCUCAUCACGAAAUUGAAAAUUGACAGUAAUCCGUUCGCAAAGGGCUUCCGCGACUCGUCGCGUCUCACUGAAUUCGAAAGAUUCUAUAUCACGGGAGAACACGACCGAAUGUCAGUCAUCUCUGACGAGGCGCGCUUCAAUGCAGUCAAUCAUAGGGAGACGAUGGAGUCGAUGCUAGCCGAGCAGCACUACCUGCGGUCGCCACUGCGGCCCUUCGACUUGGACCAGCACAACAACAACUUGACUUUGGAGGAGAAGGCGAUCCUGGCGGCCCGGUCGCAGCUGUUCUUGCGCGCGGCGUAUCCGCUGUACGGGGUACCGGCCGCGGCGCUUUGGGGACAGUGGGCCUGUCUGGCGCCGCAACUAUUGGCGCAGCAACAGCUAGCAGCAUCAGGGUCGGGACUGCAAAUGGCGCGACCGGCGUACCCUGCACCGCAUCGCUACUCUCCGUACCCAGCACGACGUUCCCCCCCCGCCUCUUCGCCCGAGUCCUCACCGCACGCCGCGCAUCCCCCGCACAGCCCUACUUAGUGUUACUCACCUCACUUACCUCUCCCUACAAGUCCCCGUGGUUUGUCUGCGCUUCGGUUCUCUCUGGUAUAAGACUGGCGAGUAGUACUGAUCGUAUCCUGUGUGCUUAGUGCGAGUUUUUUAACGUUCUCGAUAGCGUAAAAGUUAACUCAAAUUUGUAGGUAUGCAGUUGGAACAGCGCCCCUAACGGCAAACGUACGCAAACGAUCCCAUUCCAUACAAAUUUGAGUUAACUUUUGCGCUAUCAAGAACGUUAAGAAACUCGCACUCAGCUCACUGUUAUUCCGCGCUCCCUGAAGAAGAAUUAUAGUCUUUUAAUAUUGUACAGUGGACAUUAAAGUUUCUCUUCGUCGACGUGAAUACGAGUUACAUCUGCGGCUCGUCCGUGAUGUUGUAUUAUAAUGUAAAGUGAUAUUUGACGACGAACGAUUUAAUUUAAAUGUGUAACUGUUGUUAUAUGUUCCUAAUAGUUUCAUCUAGUAGUGACGGUUGCGAAACUUCGUGUUGUAGCUUUAGUGGAAUAGUUUUAUGGUAUCGGUGUAGCACUAUUAUUAUCUGAAUGUUGGUAUUCGUUGAUCUCUGAAUCAAGUAUUGAUACUCAAUAGAAGAAACCUUGCCGUCGGCUAAUGACCUAUCUAUUAUAUGUUUUAAAUAUCCAAAUUCAUAUUGUUUGGACAGAAUGUGCAAUACAACGGGAAACAAAUUUGAUUGAUAGUUAACUUAAGCUUCUAAAUUAAGUAUUACUAGUUGUAUUAAUAAUAAUAAAAUAUGAUUAUAUUUGCUGUCUAUGUAUAAUUUCCACGUUGCGAUGGUCACAUAGAUGUACCCGAACGGCGACUUUGUAGUUAAAUUAUAGGUAGUUAUUAAAGAUAAUAUAUUGAUAAAUAAUAAAAAAUUAAAUGUUUGUUAACGUA